CAUUGAGAGGGGCUACAGGCUGCAGAGCUUGAACUGACCUUGGGUUGCGGAUGACCAGCACAAGCUCGACCGGGUCGUCUUGCUUCCCCGACAGACAUGAGGAUCUGCUGGAGGAGGCUCUGCAUCUUGAACAGGCCCACGUUCCUGUCGUGGAGACGGCCUCAACGUCGACUCAAUCCUCUUCCCUUGGCGACCCGCCAUUUCCCCACCGGAGACCCCGACGAGCUCGCGGCUUUGCCUCCGCGAGGGAGUGUACAGGGUCCCGUACCCCGGAUUUGUUCGCACUGAACAAGCAGAUUUCGCACCUGGUCAGGGCGGGCCGUCUCGGCGAAGCCAGAGCGGUCUUCGACGCCGCCGAGUGCCGGAACACCGUGACGUGGAACGCCAUGAUCACGGGCUACGUGAAAAGAGGAGCAAUGGCGAGGGCGCGCGAGCUGUUCGACGGAAUGCCCGAGAGGGACGUUACGUCGUGGAAUCUGAUGAUUUCGGGUUACGUCUCGUGUCGCGGGAGUGGGUUCGUUGAGGAAGGGAGGGAACUGUUUGAGCGAAUGCCCGAGAGAGAUUGCAUUUCCUGGAACACGAUGAUUAGUGGGUAUGCGAAGGUGGGGAGGAUGGAUGAGGCGUUGUGGCUGUUUCAGCGGAUGCCUGAGAGAAAUGUCGUUUCUUGGAAUACGAUGGUAACUGGGUUUCUGAGGAACGGUGAUGUGGAACGCGCAGUUGGGUUUUUUAAGGAGAUGCCGGAUCGGGAUUCGGCUUCUCUAAGUGGCCUUGUGUCAGGUCUUAUUCGUAAUGAUAAAUUAGAUGAAGCUGCUAGGAUUUUUCUUGAACACGGGAAUCCGGAUGGCAGGGAAGAUACAGUGGGAGCUUAUAACACUCUGAUUGCUGGGUAUGGCCAAAGAAGACGCAUUGAAGAGGCUCGUUAUCUUUUUGACCUGAUCCCAUUUGGUAAUGAGAGAGGGGAGGGGGGUGCUCAGAAGUUCGUGAGAAAUGUGGUGUCAUGGAAUACCAUGAUCAUGUCCUACGUUAAAGUAGGAAAUACUGUUGCUGCCAGAGAACUCUUUGAUCAAAUGACAGAACGUGAUACAUUUUCUUGGAACACCAUGAUUAGUGGUUAUGUACACAUGUCUAACAUGGAAGAGGCGUCCAAACUUUUUCAAGAUAUGCCUAAUCCUGAUACUUUUACGUGGAAUACUAUGAUCUCAGGAUACGCCGAAACUGGAAACCUUGAAUUUGCGAGGGAUUUAUUUGAGAAGAUGCCUCAAAAGAACUUGGUCUCAUGGAAUUCUGUGAUAGCAGGAUAUGAGAAAAAUGAGGACUAUAAAGGAGCGGUUGUACUCUUCAUUCAGAUGCUGACCAAUGGGGAGAAACCCGAUCGACAUACUUUAUCUUCCAUUCUAGCCAUAGCCACUGGUCUUGUUGAUCUUUCCCUAGGUUUGCAGAUCCACCAGCUGGUCAACAAAAUAGUUAACCCAGAUGUGCCUAUAAACAAUUCCCUCAUCACUAUGUACUCAAGAUGUGGGGCGAUUGUCGAUGCUCGGACUAUCUUUGAUGAGGUGAACUUACAGAAGAAUGUGAUCACUUGGAACGCAAUGAUUGGAGGAUAUGCAUCUCAUGGGUUUGCUGCAGAGGCUCUUGAACUCUUUAAAUUGAUGAAGAGAUUUGAAGUUAGGCCUACUUAUAUAACCUUUAUUUCUGUUCUGAGUGCUUGUGCUCAUGUUGGGUUAGUGGAAGAAGGCCGGAGGCAUUUUCUGUCGAUGUCUAAGGAGUAUGGCAUAGAACCAACGGUUGAACAUUUUGCAUCACUUGUGGACAUAGUGGGCCGGCACGGGCAGCUUAACGAGGCCUUCGAUAUAAUAAAGGGCAUGCCAAUGAAGCCAGAUAAGGCUGUUUGGGGUGCUUUACUUGGUGCUUGUAGAGUGCAUGACAAUGUGGAGCUGGCUCGAGUCGCAGCUGAAGCAUUGAUGCAACUUGAGCCAGAAAGUUCAGCACCAUACAUCUUGCUAUACAACAUGUAUGCAGAUGCCGGACGCUGGGAUGAUGCAAACAAAGUGCGCAUGAUGAUGGAGAGAAAUGCAAUUAAGAAGUGUAAGGGGUAUAGUCGAGUGGAUUCCCCGCAGUAGCUGCUGUUUCAUAUGCUGACCUUCGGUUUAUUCCCUGCAUCAACCUUCUUUUGCUUAUGAAGUCAAAAGAAGUUAGAUAACUAAUAGAUCUUUUUGUCCUAUACAACAGGAUGAAAGAGACCAGAAAACUGGAAAAUAGCUGGCUUAUCUGGUCGAUUUAAUUGGGAUUCUCAAGAAAGAACGAGGACUCUGGUUUUCAUGGUGAAUCGUUUGCUGAUAUCAUAAAAAUUUCUGGCCUAUUACAAAUGAAAAUCAAUGACCCCAACAAUUUAUAUGUACAAUUAAAUAGGAGUUGAAGCCAAUCUAGACUCUUAAUUGGCAUGCUCAACUUUUGUAUGAAUCAUUCAUGCUAAUGCAUUACUGCUUCAUCAAAAUGAACACAUGAAGAGCAAUGACUUUUUCUGCAUGGGAUGUUGACCUGCAUCAUCCAUCUUCAUUGGCCAACGUGGCUUUUAUUCAAGAUCCAUGACAAGUGGAGAUGUUACAUGUUGAUGCUACAAAAAGCCUGGGUAUUCUGCAACUGAGUAGCUUGGCAAGCACACAGAUACUACUCUUUAACAGAGAGAAUAGAAUGAUCACUCGCAUAUUGGCUCUCUUCACUGUUCACUUUUUCUGGAGAGAAUUCUCUGCUAUUCUUUGGAACUUGUCUCUUGAAUAUGUGAUGCCUCUCUUUCCGCAACUUAAGCAAAGAAAGGAGGAAGAGGAAGAACAAGCAAAUGGUUAGCAAUUUUGUCAAAGCUGCAAGGCUACUUAUAUUGUUUUGAGGCCUAAGUCACUCAAGGAUUCAAGGGGCUUCUACUUGCAUGCGUGGGGCUUUGACUUAUAAACUGCAGUUCAACAAUGAUUUUCUUUGUAAUAAUAAUAAUUGCUGCUCAUCUGUGUCAUUCUUCUGAUACUAAAAUCAUCUUCAGGGUUCUCUAUUUAUUUCCAUAAAAUUCCAAACAAAAUUUGAUGAAUCAACAGUAAUGGCAACGGUCACUGGUAGCAUUGACGGGUGACAAUGAGUCGCUAAUUACUACCAUCAAUUGAAACAGUGUAGCAGUGACAGACACCCGGUAGCAACCAGUGACCGGUGAAGGGUGACGGUGGUUGCUGGGGACCAGGGGUGUUGGCAGCUAGCAACUGGUGACAUUGAUUGGUGGCUUGCCGACCUGGACAACCUACUAGUGAUGGGGUGGUCGAUGGAGGUUAUUGAGAUGGAACAAGAAGUUCAAUGGGGUUCAAGAGAGCACUCUUGCCUUUUGAAGGGGACUCCGCUGCAGUUGAUCGUGAUGCUGAUAAUCAAGGUGCUAGCCUUGUCAUUUCACGAGAGCACCCAUUUCUCCAUGAUUCAGUAAUCUGGGUUUAACCAAUACGUGAUUGGGAUGUUAUUGGGUCCACCUUCCAUGGAAAUACUGAGGACGGAGGGAGAGGAGGAUAUAAUUGCAGCUAAGCUUCAAAAUUUGAAGGAUGCAAGCAGGAGCCGUGCUAUCAGAUCUCGGGGCAGCUGCUUUUCCAAGGAGCAGUGGGAGGGUUACUUGGAGGGGAGAGCUUUAGAGAAGUCACAUAGUGGAAAGCUUCAAGUUCUCUCUGAGUACAGUUUGGAAAUAGUAAUCGGGGGAUAACAGUAGAUCUCGCUUGCACAAGCUGAACAUUAAGAAUGUGCCGAUGCCUGCCUGGAAUAUGAAAAGAUUGAUCGAUAUCGUGCAAGCAUGUAUUUGAUUUGACAUUGGACAAGCGGAAACAAGGUUCUACUCAAGAAUGAGUUGGACACCUCGAUCGGGAGGGGAAAAAAAAGCCAAAGCUGCAGCUUCCACCGAACGUGGCUAGCCAUGCAAGGCCUCAGACCUUCCAAAGCAGAUGCCGGCGACGAUCAAAGGCGAGUGGUGGCGAGGCUUGCCGCCACCAACCAUUGGCAAGGGCGAGCCUCGCCUAGUGAUGACAAGGUCGCCUUAGGUGAGGUCACCCUCGCCUUGGCUAAGCGAGGCCCCACCAAAUCCGGCGAAGUCGCCUUCGCCAUGGCUAAGCGAGGUCCCACCAGAUUUAGUGAACCUCAGCCUCACCCAAUCAUGGCAAGACUGCGACUUGCCCAUAGCUAGCAAGGCUCCAUCGUCGCCAGAUUCAAUGAAGGCGAGCCUUGCCCGACCAUUGGCAGCCCUCGCCAGAGGCUGGCCUUCAACCUUGCGACCUUUGGCAUGGUCGGGCCUUGCCCAUGGUUGCUAAGGCUCGACCCUCGCCGACCCAAUGAGCAACCUGGGCAAGGUCACGUAACCAUGGCCAAGCUUCCUUGAGGCUAGCAAGGGACUUUGCCUUUGGCCGAUCACUUGAGGAAGGAGGAGGAAGUAAAGAAAAAAGAAAAAUAAAAUAAAAUAUUAUUAAAAUGUUAUCUAUGUUAGUGUCGGUUGGAUGGUCGGUGUCGCUCGGCCAAAAUUGGUCAAGAAUAUUAAAUUGACACCAAUUAGAAAAAUUGCAAUAAGUUUAGGAUUGUUUAAGUAAUUUUUCCUAUAUAACAAAUAUUGCUAAUAUCUCACUUUUCUUGAUAUAUAUAUUAUAGGUUUGGAAAUAUAUAGAUAGCUUGUCCGACAUCACUAGAUUAAUAUAGGAUCAUCAAAAACAAUUUGUAGUGCGAAUCCGGUUACUACAAAAUCACUUUAUUCGUAUCAAAUCAAGAAAUUGACGAGCGAAUUACUAAAAAAGCGUUCAACCUAUUACAGUUUUACUAAUUCAAUCAUAAACUUUUUUCUUGGUCAAUUUAGUCUUAAAUAUUUUGCAAUUGUGCAAA